GCUGAACCGGACAGUAUUGGUGUACGGGGCCUGGAAGCUCCGACCGGGCGAGCUAUAACGUGGUUGAGAACCCCCUCCCCCCGUUUCGCCACCCAAUACCCCGCCGGGGGGUCAACAGGUGUCAGUGCUUCUAGCUCGAUUCGGGGGUGAAUCCAUCCCCUCCCUAAACCCUCAGUCAAGGAAGAAACCCCGGGUUAAGAACUCAGACAUCUGUGGUGCUACUACAGUCAUGUACCUAGUACGUUACGGCCGUAACGCCAGACGUUACGUAACGUUGGAUGGUAUCCGUAGUUUGAAACCCGGGAUAACACGUCUGUUACUAUCAUGUCAUUAGCUUGGUUUCGUUAAACGUUAUUGAUAUUUUUGAACCCGGACUCAAUCGUCUGUUACUACCAUGUCUGGAAUGUUUUAAAGAUUUUUGUGCGUGAAUGUAACAGGACUUAAUAUGUAACCGAGAACAACGUGAAAAUAAAUUAGAACAGUGAAGUAAUUGUUGAAGUGUGUGAAUUUUCACAAAAAAACUAUGUAAUAGAUAAAACAGCGACUAUGUAAGAGUGUAGUGUAAUGUGUUCACUUCAAUUUGUCACCUAGCGGCUCGAGAUUACAUCACGAACCUGAUGCCGGCUAGGAAAGGACUAUUAGCUCCUCAGAAUACGUUUCUGGAUACUAUAGCCACACGUUUCGAUGGCACACACAGCAACUUCGUCCUGGGUAAUGCCCAGGUGCCCACCCUGUAUCCGAUCGUCUACUGCUCGGAUGGCUUCUGCGACCUCACCGGCUUCCCGCGCGCACAAAUCAUGCAGAAGGGCUGCGCCUGCAAGUUCCUCUACGGCCGAGACACCAGUGAUGAGCACACCACACAGAUCGACAAGUCAUUGGAGCUCAAGACCGAGCUCAAGCUCGAGGUCAUCUUCUACAAGAAGGAUGGAACGCCAUUUUGGUGCCUACUGGACAUUGUUCCGAUCAAGAAUGAAAAGAGAGAGGUGGUUCUGUUUCUGGCCUCCCAUAAGGACAUCACCCGCUCCAAGAUGGAGGAGCUUGACAACUUCAAGCAUUCUGACAGUGAUCUCGCUGGAGACAUGGAAGACCCGGAAGAUCCGCCCGCCAACUACGGACGUAGACGAAGCCGGGCCGUCCUUUACCAGCUUUCGGGCCACUACAAACAGGACAAGAUGAAAACAAAAAUUAAACUGAACAAUACCCUCCUUCAAGCCUCCAACGCACCCUUACCCGAGUACAAAACGGCAGCCAUCAAGAAGUCUCGCCUGGUGUUGUCUCACUACGGCGUAUUCAAGACGUGCUGGGAUUGGCUGAUAUUGAUCGCCACCUUCUAUGUGGCCAUAGUUGUGCCCUACAAUGCCAGCUUCGUCAACUCGGACCGCCCCUCUAUGGUCAGCGAUGUCGUCGUCGAGGCACUGUUCAUCGUAGAUAUAAUUCUCAACUUUAGGACAACCUAUGUGAAUAGAAAAGGUGAAGUUGUCUCAAGUUCGAGUUCGAUUGCCAUCAAUUACGGCAAAGGGUGGUUUGUACUUGAUCUUCUGGCUGCUAUACCAUUCGACCUACUCUAUGCGUCUGAUGUCUAUAGUGGCGAGGAACACGGCCAAAUACAUCUGUUGAAACUGACUCGACUUCUGCGCUUGGCAAGACUGUUGCAAAAGAUGGACCGCUAUUCGCAGUACAGCGCCAUGAUUUUGACGCUUCUCAUGCUGUCAUUCACGCUGGUCGCUCAUUGGCUGGCCUGUAUUUGGUUUGUGAUUGCUGAGAAGGAGCGAUCCAGAUACGACAACAAAUGGGAUCUCGGCUGGAUUCACACUCUGGCCGAGAAACUGAAAGUGGACAUAGGCAAUGUGUCCCAUUCAGAGGCGUACAUCACAGCACUCUACUUCACCUGCUCCAGUCUGACCAGUGUCGGCUUCGGAAAUGUCUCGGCCAAUACCAGUGCAGAAAAGAUAUUCAGCAUCAUCACUAUGUUGAUUGGAGCCCUAAUGCACGCAGUGGUGUUUGGCAACGUGACAGCCAUAAUCCAGCGCAUGUACUCGCGUCGCUCACUCUACCAGACAAAAUGGCGCGACCUGAAGGACUUCCUCACCCUGCACCAGAUCCCCAAGGAGUUGAAGCAGAGGAUGCAGGACUACUUCCAGACCAUGUGGUCGCUCAACCACGGCAUUGAUAUUCACGAGGUGAGAGAGACGCUAAAAGAGUUUCCCGAAGAGCUCCGUGGUGACGUGUCAAUGCAUCUGCACCGGGAGAUACUGCAGUUGCCAAUUUUCGAGGCUGCAUCGCAAGGCUGCCUGAAACUGCUAUCACUGCAUAUUCGCACCAACUUCUGUGCGCCGGGCGAAUAUCUGAUUCACAAGGGUGACGCCCUCAGCUCCAUCUAUUACCUGUGCAAUGGAUCCAUGGAAGUCGUGCAGAAUGGAAUGGUCGUCGCCAUAUUGGGUAAAGGCGACCUAGUCGGCUGCGACAUAAGCGGCUACCUGCAGGGUGGCGGGGGAGGUUUGGGGGUGGUCAGCGCUAACGGGGGUGCUUGUACGGGGGCUGGAGGGGCAGGGGGAGGCUCCCCCCUCGACGUGGUCACCAAAUCCAGUUGCGACGUGAAGGCGCUCACCUACUGUGACCUCAAAUGCAUCAACAUUCAGGGCCUCGUUGAGGUGUUGAGGCUGUACCCUGAGUACCAGCAACAAUUCGCUCACGACAUUCAGCAUGACCUCACCUAUAACCUCAGGGAAGGAUAUGAGGCUGAGCAAGAGUCAGAGGUGAACGGUGUGCCAUCUUUGACUCUGCCUUCUAUCAGUGAGGACGAUGAAAAUGUUCCUGAGGAGGGGGAGACAUCCCCCCUCUCGCCCCACAAAUCUCCCCUGCAUCAGUCCAACAUCAGUCCCCGCCAUGCCAAGUUCAACUCAAGGAUUGAACGUCUACGACAAGAGAAGCUGAGAGAAGCUGACCACGCUAAAAGCAACGUGGACCGUCUUGAUAAUCAGGUCACGUCGUUGCAUCAUCAUGUGGCAACACUUAGCCAAGAGGUUCAGAAUGCCAUUCAAGCCCUCCAGGAGCUGGCCACCACCAGCAACACAGUAGUAACUAGUCGCUACCCCUUCCCCCUCCCUGCCCACUCCAACCCCAACCUCCCCCGGGUCAACAACGCAGGCAUGCUACCACGCAGCUCCUCCCAUCCCCCCGAGAUGUUCUGCUGGGACUCCCAGGACGACUCCUACCAACCCACCCUCAUCGACUGUGAGACGCAGACCGACGAUCUGGUUGAGUUGAUACGCCUGUUUGUGACCUUGAACCCGCGCAUGACCUUGGUCUGGUUGGGCUUGGACCCGGAACUGGUCUACAAGUGCAGUCAGGUGGUUUUGAGGUUUGCGGAGACUGCAGACCAAGGGCAGUUUUGUUUGAGAGGUGCUAGUGAAGGUUGUGACCAAGGUCAAAUGGUUGUGAGAUCAGCUGAUGAUAGUUUCCAAGGUCGAAUGGUUGUGAGAUCAGCUGAUGAUAGUUUUCAAGGUCAUUCAAAUUUGAGAGGUGAUAGUGGAGACCAAGUCAUUGUUAGACCAGCUGAUGAUAGUUAUCUAGGUUAUAGCCAAGGUCAAAUGGUUAUGAGGCCGACUGAAAAUUGUGGACAAGGUCAGAGGAUAGAAGGGAAUAUUAGUCAGGGUUAUAAUCAAAUGCCACAAGCAAGGAAGGGACGUAGUUAUAGUCAAGGUCAAAUAAUGUCAAUAGCAAAUACUGGCCAAAUAUUUAGUGGAUGUGGCCAAAUGCUGAUGCCAAGACCUCUGGGAAAUACAGGUGUGAUUCAUGAAGGUCAAAGUUCAAGGUCAACUGACCCCACCACUCACUUCUCAAGGUCAAUGGAUCAAGGUCGAAGGUCAAGUACAACAGAUCAAGGUCACGCUUCAAGGUCAAACCUGCGAUCCAGAGUGCCCUCAACUGAAACAGUGGUGUGCUCUGAAGACAAUCCAAAGUGUGCCACUACUAUUGUACCUAUAAACUGUUCUGAAUAUCCCCACCCCUACGAUCAACGAAGCACUCCCCCCACCACUCGUCCAACGCCGCUUCCUGAUUGGCUGACCAAACCGUUGACUCCGCCCUCCAGCUACAAUUCGAGAAGACAUCGAUUCAGUACCGGUGAUAUCGAGCGUACUCUGUCUAGCAGUAGGAAUAGCGGCGGUUCCAGUACUUCGUCUAGUCAGCGCGGAAGUCCGCUACCUUCUUCUAAGUCUUUGAAAUUCCAUCCAAACAGCUGAAUUCUAACACUGUUUUUGUGUGUAAAAAGGUGGAUGGAGUUUGUCAUCCUAGAAUUGUUCAUCUCUGUACCUAUUGUUUUUGAUUUCAUCACGAUUGAUGGAGAAGUAUAUGAGGAGAUUUGGAUGUAUUUCCAAUUGAUUAAGAAACACAACUGAUUGUAUUGUCAAUUUCAUUUUUAUCAUUUUACUUACAGAACUGUCUGUUUUGUGCUAACAUUGUGUUGGUUUUUGAAACUGCAGUCCUGUAUGAUGCACUUACUCAACUUCCCUAGCUGUUCAUGGGAACGACAUGAACAAACCAAACCCCAAGGCAACUCCAGAAGUGGCCUUGCCUUCAAACUCAUGGGAUCUGCCCCAUCUGGGCAGGUUCCCUAAUCUGAAAUGGGUGCUUCAGGAACACAGGAAAUUCCGUUUCACUCUUAUGUAGAGGCUAUCAACAUUGAGAAGGCUUUGCUACUGAUCACGUCAUGUAUGAUGUAAGCUCUAUCACAUCAUUCCAACUGGAGAGGAAGGAUGAGCUUCUCAGACCACUUCUCAAAGAACAAAGAAGGACAGCCAUUCACGCAAGACUGAUCUUCUUGGGAGAGGUGAGGCUUUCGUCCAAAGUUUAAGAGGGGCAAAAAGGGAAAACCCAAGAGACCAGAGAUGGGUGAAACUCCAGGCACAAACGUGGGUCAAGAGGCUGAGUCAAGGGU